AUGGAUGACCUCAUAUCUGUUUCGAAGGCUACCAAGAUGUUCAGGGAGCUACUCAAACGAGAGUUCACGGAUAUGUUGCAGUGCUGCAGUACUACAACGAAUGCUAUGCAGAAGGAUUUCAAAACACUGAAAGAGAAGCUACAGGACAUCAAAACAUCACAGCAGUUUCUCUCGGAUUCUUUUGAAGACCUGAGACAACAACUGGCCUCACUGCGCGAAAAAAUUGAUCAAUGUGGGAAGGCCAACAAAAACUCCGAAGAUACCGCACUGAACUUGGUCCAGAUCGAAUCGAGGAUGAAUGUGUUGGAACAACGAGCGCUGGAAAACAACCUGAUCAUUUCUAAUUUGCCUGAGCGGGUAGAUGAGAAUGUGGUUGAUGUGGUCAAAAAAACGGUUGCGCACCAUGGGCUUAUGCUAUCCGACACCGACAUCGUGGCUUGUAACCGUAUGCCUACUACAAACAAACGAGGAAUCAAACCAAUACUUGUGAAGUUUUCGGACCACACUUCUAAACGCAAAGCUAUGAAUGCUAUCAACGGAAAUAUGUCACAAGCUCGUGUAUCAACUGCUACGCUAAACAGAGGACCGAAGGUGUAUGCUAAUCAGCAUCUCACGAAAAGGAACCAAAGCCUACUGAAUGCUGUCAAGGAGUACAAAACGCGUCGUGGUUUCAACAAUGUAUGGUUCUACAAGGGAGCAGCGUACCUAAAACGAACGGCUACAUCAGCACCAUGA